GAGACUUUGGGGAAGGAACAAAUUGAUAUGUGAACUUCGUGAAGAACACUGGAAAAAACGAAAUUAAUGUCUUACAGCUGCUGUGUUAUGAUGCGAAUUUGUUAGCGAGAGUAAAGCCAGAACAGCCACAUAGGUUGUUCGAAGAUACGUCGAUACUUCGGAAGCAAAACAUUGUUUCAAAGGGGUAGAGGUAGCCAAGGGAGCUAUUAGCACAGUGGUUUAGCAGUAGGAGAAAGCUCAUGCUAACGUAUAUGGAUACAGCUGCAUUUGUUGUUGGGUAGGCAUAGCUCACAGGCUACUACAACCAUUUGAAUGAGACAAGUUGAAUCUAGUCUGCUAGCAAGCAGCUUCGUCAAAAGAAACAAUUAUGAUUCAUGAAUGUGCAGUUGAUGGCUGUCCGAACAAAUCGGACACAAUUAUUCACUACACAUUACCAGAGGAGCCGACCAGACGUCAACAGUGGAUACAAUUUCUGCAAAGGAGCAGAAAAAUAGACACCUCUUGCGUUAACACUAGGAUUUGCGGUAGUCAUUUCACAGAAGACAGCUUUACUAAACUGAACUUGGGAUUCACAACAAGGUUGAUAUUGAAUGUAAAUGCUGUUCCUAGCAUUUAUCCAGAUGGGCUGACAACGCAACCAAAACAGAAGGAGGGUAAUGAGACACACGCAGAGAAUGCCAAUGAAGUAGAAAGUGGCAUCAUUGUCAGUGACACUAUUUCUUUGGCCUGUGUGAAAGAGGAGCCACUCACGGAGGAACCGAGUUGUGAUGCUAUGAGGACCAUUAAAGAGGAACCGCUGGAAGAUGAGGGAUAUGGAGAUUCAUCCUCCCACAAUUCAUCCUCCUUCAUCCAACACACUGAUGAUGAAAUGUUUGAACAUGAUGGCACUAUUUUAAAAAUAGAAGUUUGCGAAGAUCCCAUCACUCUUGAUGAUGGUAAACCAUUUCACUGUGCACACUGUGGUGAGGGUUUUCUGAACAAGGGGGUACUCAAAAUACAUGAAAUAGGACACAUCAGGUCCAAAUUUUUGUCUCCUCCAACGUCAGGGUCCCACCUCUGUAAGCACUGUGGAAAAGCCUUUGCCCACAAAGCAUUUUUAAAAGCCCAUCUAAAAAUCCAUGCUAGUAUGGAGUCACAAAUGUCAUUUGCCUGCAGUAAAUGCAACAGGAGAUUUCGCAACCAGUCAAGUCUCAAUAAACAUAUGCUUAAUCAUUUGACAAGGUUAAAAUAUCCAUGUCCGGUGUGUGGGGAAGACUUUGAAAUGAAAGGUAGUCUUCACCUCCACAUAAAGAUGCAUCCAGGAGAGAGGUUUCGCUGCAAGUUUUGCGAUCAAAGAUUUUUAAAAAUCGAUUCCUACCUGCGACAUGUGGAUCGACACACGGUGGUAACCCCGUACUAUUGUGAGAAGUGCAAAAUCUACCAGCUUACCGAGAGAGGCUUCCUGCUACACCAGAAAAGGCAUGCCCACAAAGACCUGGUGCUGGCCAUGGUUGCAAAUGGCAAGUUGAGUAAGAAGGGGACAAUUCCAACCCGUUAUUUCGACCUAGUACCUCAGCACCAUGAAGCUGAAGAGAAAAUGGACCAUCAUUAGAUUCUAAACGUCUCCUACAGUCAUCAAACCAAACUGAAACAACACCUAUAGUUAAGUUAGCUCUAGAAACAGCACCUCUAGUUAAGUUAGCUCUAGAAACAGCACCUAUAGUUAAGUUAGCUCUAGAAACAGCACCUCUAAUUAAGCCUAGUGAGAGUCCAUCACCUGAAAGACCACGUGACACUGAAAUGAAAAUAAAUACUUGAUGCUUGAGUUGAUGGGCCUAUGUUGAGAAACUUCACAUAGCACUCAAUGAAGAAACGUAAUUCUCACUUUAGAUUUCUUAAAUGUUCAAAGGCGACACAGCCUUAAGAGUAGGUUAUGCAAAAAGAUUCAGAGAUUUUAGAGCAUGUUUCAUAUUGGGACUUUCAUAAUAUGUUUGUACAAAGUAGUACUGUAUAUGAACCCUUAAACCUGUAUCUUGACUUUUACAAAUAUUUUUUUUUAUAACUAGCCUGUCUCAAAUAAUGUAAUCAGUGUUGUUACAGUUGUAACAGUUGUACAGUUGUAUGGCUGUAUAUCAUGUAAUAAAACACCAGCCUUUACAUUCAUGUCAACGCAACAAUAAUUUGUCCUGUAUUCCAAACAGCAGUUUUGCACUUUAUGAAGUCAAGUCAAGACUUGUUUAGUUUUGUAUUCUCGCUUACUUUACUUUCUUUAUGUUAUAGACUAGUCGUUAUUAAGUUAUUAUUUUACUGUACGUAAUUGUACAUGACAUAUGGAACAGAAGUAGCCUACUGCAGUGGAAUUUUAAGACUUCACUUUGGUGUUAAUAAUUAUCAAAUAUGUGGAUAAUGAACUGCUGCAAUGCUCCCUGGAUCUUGUUUUGUCCUUUUUAUAUGCAAUGUAUUUUGUAUUCACUGUGUCCUAUUUUGUAAGUAUUCAAUGUAUUCAAGAAACUAAAUGGUGAAAUGAAUUAAAAUGGUAGACUAAACCAAGAUAGAAUGUUUAAAUAGUCAAUUUGGCAUGGCUGAAGAUGUUAUAUUGAAGCUAUAUGGCACAUGGGUAGAUAGGCCUACAAAAUACAAACAUACAAAAGCUAGACUUAUGUGUUUCCCCUCAGGUAUGUAUUGGGUUAUAAUCAACCUCGAUUACUUACCCUUUAGAAACGUCAGCUCAACAUUAUAGGUCAACUCUUUUGAAUGGAUGCUGCCCAUAGCGUUAUGGAGAUAGUUGCAGCUACAUUAGGCUACAUCUUUUCGCCCUUUAGUUCAGCCUGCUAUAUAAACAUACUUUAAUUUGUCACCAGUUGUGUUUUGUGUAGAAAAGCAAUUAUGUAUAUUUAAGAUAAAAAAUGGUGUCUGAUC